AUGCCCAACAUCUCCACGGUGACGGAAUUCCUCCUGCUGGGAUUCUCGGAGGUCCGGGAGCUGCAGCUGGUCCACGCCGUGCUGUUCCUCCUGGUCUACCUGGCGGCCCUGACGGGGAAUCUCCUCAUCGUCGCCGUCACGGCCCUCGACUGGCGCCUCCACACCCCCAUGUACUUCUUCCUCAGGAACCUGUCCGUCCUCGACCUCUGCUACAUCUCCGUCACUGUCCCCAAAUCCAUCCACAACUCCCUGACCGACCGUAGUUCCAUCUCCUUCCUGGGCUGUGCCGCCCAGCUCUUCUCGGUGGUCCUGUUUGCCGCCUCAGAGGUGUUCAUCCUCACGGCCAUGUCCUACGACCGCUACGCCGCCAACUGCCUUCCCCUGCGCUACGAAGUCGUCAUGAACGGACGGGCCUGUGGGACGAUGGCGGCCGCCUCGUGGCUCACUGGGGGCCUUUUGGCAGUAAUGUGUUCAGCUGCGACGUUCUCCCUGUCCUUCUGUGGGUCCAACAUCGUCCCGCAGUUUUUCUGUGACAUCCCCUCCCUGCUGAAGAUCUCCUGCUCCACGGACCAUGUCGCCGUCGACGUGAGCGUCACCGCUGGGGCAGUGUUAGGCUUCCCUGGCUUCAUUCUCGUCAUCUUCUCGUACGUGCGCAUCUUCCGGGCCGUGCUGAGGAUGCCGGCCGCCGAGGGCCGGGCCAAAGCCUUCUCCACCUGCCUGCCCCACCUCGCCGUCGUCACUAUUUUCAUCUCGGCGGCGGCAUUUGUCUAUCUCAAGCCGUCCUCGGAAUCCUCCUCGAUCGUGGAUCUGCUGGUGUCCGUGUUCUACUCCGUGGUGCCCCCCGUCCUGAAUCCCCUCAUCUACAGCCUGAGGAACCGGGACGUGAAGGCCGCCAUGGACAGGAUCCUGAAAGGCUACGAGGUCAUCAUGAACGGACAGGCUUGUGGGACGAUGGCGGCCGCCUCGUGGCUCACUGGGGGCCUGUUGGCAGCAAUGCGUUCAGCUGGGACGUUCUCCCUGUCCUUCUGUGGGUUCAACAUCGUCCCGCAGUUUUUCUCGACGGUAUUUGUCUACCUCAAGCCACCUUCGGACUCCUACUCGAUCACGGAUCUGCUGGCGUCCAUGUUCUACUCCAUGAUCUCCUGCUCCAAGGACCAUGUCGCCAUCGACGUGACCGUCGCCGCUGGGGUAGUGUUAGGCGUCACCUGCUACAUUCUCAUCGUCGUCUCCCUCAAGCCGCCCUCUGACUCCUUCUCGAUCAUGGAUCUUCUGAUGUCCGUGUUCUACUCCAUGAUCUCCUGCUCCGAGGAUCACGUCGUCAGCGACGUAAGCAUCACCGGUGGGUCAGUUUUAGUUGUCGUCUCCCUGGUCUUCAUCGUCGUCUCAUACGACCACGUCGUCAUCGACGUGACCGUCCUCUGUGGUGUAGCUUUAGUUGUCAUCUUCUUGGUCUCCAUCAUCGUCUCGGAAUCUCCCAGGAAAUAA